UUCGUUGUGACUGGCAUCGCCGUUAAGAAGAAGCAACUGUUGGUUUUUUUGUGCUGGGUUUUUUUAUCGUUCCCGUAGCCUUAUAUUACAAUGCAAACCGGCUUAUUAUAAAUAAAAGAUAUGGAAGACAAGACAGAGCCGGAGCCCGUGCUGCUCUCGAAGCAUGCCAAGAAUCUGCUGCGUUUCCUCAAUAUGCUGCCGGCGCGCAUGGCCUCGCAUGAUAACACCAGGAGCACCAUAGUUUUCUUUGCCGUCUGUGGCCUAGAUGUGCUUAAUUCAUUGAACUUGGUGCCACCGCAAUUGCGACAGGACAUUAUCGAUUGGAUCUACGGCGGUCUGGUGGUGCCACGCGACAACGAGAAGCGUUGCGGAGGUUUUAUGGGCUGCCGUGCCAUGGUGCCGCUAACCGAGGACGCAGAUGUUUUGGCAUGCAUGCGGAAGUAUCAAUGGGGCCACCUAGCCAUGACAUACACCAGCAUUGCAGUUCUGGUCACACUGGGCGAUGACUUAGCCCGCCUGGAUCGUAAGAGUAUUGUGGAUGGUGUGGCGGCGGUACAGCGGCCAGAGGGCAGUUUCAGUGCCUGCAUUGAUGGUAGCGAGGAUGAUAUGCGAUUUGUAUACUGCGCUGCCACCAUCUGUCACAUGCUCGACUAUUGGGGCGAUGUGGACAAGGAGGCCAUGUUUCAGUUCAUCGCGAAAAGCCUUCGCUAUGAUUACGGUUUCAGUCAGGAGCUGGAGGGAGAAGCGCAUGGGGGGACCACCUUCUGUGCCCUGGCUGCUCUGCAGCUAAGCGGGCAGCUGCAUCGCCUGGAUGCUGCCACAGUGGAGCGCAUAAAGCGCUGGCUCAUCUUUCGCCAAAUGGAUGGAUUCCAGGGACGUCCCAAUAAACCCGUGGACACAUGCUAUUCCUUUUGGAUUGGCGCCUCACUCUGCAUACUGGAUGGCUUCGAACUGACCGACUAUGCCAAGAACCGAGAGUACAUACUGAGCACGCAGGACACGCUGGUUGGUGGCUUCGCCAAGUGGCCACAGGCCACACCGGAUCCGUUUCACACGUACCUGGGGCUCUGUGGCCUGGCAUUUACCGGUGAGCCCGGCCUCAGUGCUGUGAUGCCCAGCUUGAACAUGUCCAUGGCCGCCUAUGUGCACCUACAGCAUUUGCACGAAGUGUGGCGAUCGAAAUCGAAGGAGGGAAGUGAAGACAACGACCUUGCCAUAUCCAGCGCCGUACAGCAUCAAUUGAAGCUGACCAAAGACGGCGAGGCGAUAGCAACGACGACAGCGACUACCUCAACCUCGCCAUUGAUAUCCGCACAAUGAUGGGAAACUAAACAGGCAGGAAGUAAUGCGCAAAUUCACACUAUUGUAUUUAUAUUUGGCCGUAUUUUAGCCACGCUUUUUAUAUAUUACGUAAAUAUUUUAUUGCAAAAGGUUCGUGGAGGGGAGGAACUUCUCGACGAACUUCUCGCUUUUUAUAGGGAGUAUGUAGAGGAGUAAAUACGUUUAUUGUACAGCCUAAAUUAAUGUUAACAUUUUGUAAGAUUAAGCCUAAAAGUAAAUUAAAGCGUCCGAUGCAGUGGCAUGUAUUUACACAGCAAA